AUGAUAACAGAAAUCUCCGGCAAACACUAUCCUCCCCCACUCGCCUCUCACAACGACGUCGUUAACGACGCUACUCUUUUCUGGGACACUCUUCGUCGCUUUCACUUUCUCAUGGCUACAAAAUUCAUGAUUCCUGUGAUUGGAGGUAAGGAACUGGAUUUGCACGUUCUCUACGUGGAGGUUACAGCCAGAAGCGGUUAUGAGAAAGUUGUUGCCGAGAAAAAAUGGAGAGAAGUCGGUACUGUUUUUAGAUUCUCAUCUACUACUACGAGCGCUUCUUUUGUGUUGAGAAAACAUUAUUUGAAUCUCCUUUACCAUUACGAACAAGUUCAUUUCUUCAAACUUAAAGGUCCUAUUUACAUUCCAUCACCAGAUACAUUUUCUGGAAAUAGUCCGUCGUGGAAACCUGAAUUAGCUAUUGUUCAAUAUUCACAUAAGAUGGUAAACAAUAGUUCUGAAUCUCACGACGAAGUGGAGGUAGAAAGUUCAUGUGUUGGAAAAGGAACAAUAGAAGGGAAAUUUGAUUGUGGAUAUAUAGUAUCAGUGAAAUUGGGUUCUGAGGUUUUGAGAGGUGUGCUUUAUCAUCCAGAACAAGUGGUUGCUGCUUCUCCUUCACAACAUGGCAGUGCCACUGCCAUUGUACCAUUCAAUCACAAAUCUUAUGGUUCUGGUAGGAGGAGGAGAAGAAAAAGAAAGUGUGAUCCUAACUAUCCAAAGCCAAAUAGGAGUGGCUAUAACUUCUUCUUUGCUGAAGAGCAUUACAAACUCAAACAACUUUACCCAAAUAGAGAAAGGGAGUUUACUAAAAUGAUUGGCCAGUCAUGGAAUUGUCUCAGCCCUGAAGAAAGAAUGAUUUACCAAAACAUUGGCUUAAGGGAUAAAGAAAGGUACAAAAGAGAAUUGACAGAGUACAAAGAGAAAAUGAAGGAUGGGCAGAUAGAAGAAUUUGGAAACUCAAAAUAA